AUGCGGGCGUUCCACGAGAAACAGAUGUCGCUGAUCGAGCGUCUCCCCGCGGGCGAGGUGGCCUGGUUUCUGGGCAGCCAGCGCAUGAGAGCAGCGACUCUGAUCCAGUCCUGGUGGAGGAGGAGAAGAGGGAGGCCAAGGAGAGAGCAGGGAGAUGCAGCGGCGAGCGAAAUCUCUCGAGCUGCACGCCAAAGAAACAGAGCAACUGUCAGACGGUUUGUGGAAGGUCCAGAGAGGGAGCAGCUGCAGGCAGAGAUAGACAGAUAUCGACGAAAGAACCCGCCUCCUCGACUCAGCGACGAUCAGAUGAGACAGACGCACAGCGAAGUCCAGCAUCUAUUGAGCGAAUUCUACUCUCGGCAACAGCAGACAAUUGAUUCCAGCGGUAAAACGACUGAAGACAACUCCCUAUUUCAGAGACUGGAGGAAGACUGCAGGCUACUGAUGGAGGCACCAAAACUGGGAGAGUUGGAGACGGAAAAAGAGGUUCAUCCAAGUUUCUUUGCUCCUGGUUCACAGACUGUAGCCACAAUGGCUCAGAAGAUGCACCUGAAAGAGAUGAAGGCAGCUGGCCUGCAGUGCCAUGAACAACAUACAUAG